UCCCUACCCAGGUGGUCCCCUCGCCUCUACCUGGGGCGAACCUUCUUUGCUACCACUGGGAAGCGAGAGCGGCUCUCCAGCUCGGGUGGGGAUGGGGGUCCCGGGGCUGUGCCUUAUCAGGUUGGAGGGGUGCCCCUCUUCUGGGAGGCCUGGGAGCGAGCGAGGGCAGGGCGGGCAUCCGUGUGCCCGGAAGGCAGCGGGGCGCUCUUCGGGCCCUUCCCCUGGCCGCCGCCUCGGUGCCGCGGGGUGCGGUACUGGCGGAGCGUCCGGCCGGACGACCAGGGUCCAGGGCGAUGGGGCGUGAGCGGGUGCGGAGGGAUGUGGGUGGGGGAGCCGGCGGCACAUGGAUGAACGCACAAUCGCCCUUGUGAGGCUGCCGCCCUUGGGAGCACCCGGGCUCUGAGGCCACGAGACGGCCCGGACACGAUGCACCCCAGCAGGCGCAGCCUCCCUUUCCCCCUCAACUGUCAGCUCGUGAGGGUUGGAACUGCUGAUUAUGGAGGUGCCACGGAUCAGAGUGAUCAGCAGCUGGACUGUGCCUUGGACUUGAUGAGGCGCCUGCCUCCACAGCAAAUCGAGAAAAACCUCAGCGACCUGAUCGACCUGGUCCCCAGUCUAUGUGAAGAUCUCCUGUCUUCUGUCGACCAGCCACUGAAAAUCGCUAGAGACAAGGUGGUGGGGAAGGAUUACCUUUUGUGCGACUACAACAGAGAUGGGGACUCCUACAGGUCACCGUGGAGUAACAAGUAUGACCCUCCCUUGGAAGAUGGGGCCAUGCCUUCUGCUCGGCUGAGAAAGCUGGAGGUGGAAGCCAACAAUGCCUUUGACCAGUACCGAGACCUGUAUUUUGAAGGCGGCGUCUCAUCUGUCUACCUCUGGGAUCUGGAUCACGGUUUCGCUGGCGUGAUCCUCAUAAAGAAGGCUGGAGACGGAUCAAAGAAGAUCAAAGGCUGCUGGGAUUCCAUCCACGUGGUGGAAGUGCAGGAGAAGUCCAGCGGUCGCACCGCGCAUUACAAGCUGACCUCCACGGUGAUGCUGUGGCUGCAAACCAACAAAUCUGGCUCUGGCACCAUGAACCUCGGAGGAAGCCUUACCAGACAGAUGGAGAAGGAUGAGACCGUGAGCGACUGCUCCCCGCACAUAGCCAACAUCGGGCGCCUGGUAGAGGACAUGGAAAAUAAAAUCAGAAGUACGCUGAAUGAGAUCUACUUUGGAAAGACGAAGGACAUCGUCAACGGGCUGAGGUCCGUGCAGACUUUUGCAGACAAAUCAAAACAAGAAGCUCUUAAGAACGACCUGGUGGAGGCUUUGAAGAGAAAGCAGCAGUGUUAAGCCUCUGCUUCCCACUAACAGGACACGCCCGCCGUGCGCUCCUUAGAUUCCUUUCUUAGAAACUUGUUUUCUGCUCCCUCCCUCGAACCUCCCCUCCCCGACAGGUCAGUGACAACUCGCAUCACCACCGCACAGCGCCAUCUCUCCCUGAGAAUAAACCCAGUGAAUCCCGUCUUGUCUCCGAGGCCUACUCCCCCCCCCCACUUUUUGCUAUCAGAACUCUCCAUAUUUCCAUAGAGACCUUGUUUUCGUUUGCCCCGCCCCCCUGUCUCCCACCACCACCCAUUUAUAGGCAUAAAAUACACUGUCUGCCUCCCUUCCCUCCCACCUUUUUGUUACAUUGGUGUAAAAAAUGUAAAACAAAAAAAUUUUAUGAAAUAACUGUGGUGUGUGAAAGAUAGAAGCAAAACUGGAAAUCUGA